AGAUUUACUGUCCAGUGGAGAAUUGCUGCCAGGUUGUGUGUGUGUAUAUAUAUGGGCUGGACCGACAGACAGCUGACAGAGAGAGGAGAAUUUCCCACAGGAUAUCUUCCACCACUACUCAACCAACAUGUCUCAACCAGGUCAGGAAGAGGACGAACAACUGCAGCGUCCUGAAGUGAGAGAAGAGGACCUGGCUGAUGCAAAGAAUAAGCUGGGUGCAAGUGGGCGAGUGAAGAGCAAGACUGAAGAAGUUAUGGAGGAGUGUGAGAAAAUGGGUAAAGUUGCUCCGUCUGUGUUCAGCGGGGUGAGGUCCGGAGGAGAGACUGUUCUCAAUACGCGCUCAGCUAAACCAAUCAGGAAGUAGCAGGAGACUUCCUGACCAUGAUUGGACAACACCUGUUCCACAUUAGUGAUUAGGUUGUUUUCUUGCUGUGCUUCAUUGUAUGAAUUGUUAAGUGUGUUUUUAUAGUGGUUUCCUGUUAUUUCUCAGUUAUCUUUGUGUUUUUGCAUUCAACAGUUUCACUUUGGCAUGUUUUUGAGCUUUUAUGAAGCUGAUAAUUACCUUUAAAAAUCUAAGAAUUUCUAUGACCUGGUAAGCCAGUUUUUUUUUAAUUAUUAUUAUAAGAUUAAGAAUUUAGGUUUUUUGCUAUUUUUUUUAUGUUCCUGUCUCACCAGCAUUUGCCCACAGCUUCAUGGUGUGGAGUAAUAAUAAAGGAACACGAAGCACCAGGUGCAAUAUGGCAAUUGAUAAAUUUGAACAUACAAAAAUCUUCUGAAACAUCAGUGUGCUUUAUAUACUUGUCUUUGUCAAAAAAAAAAUUAAAAAAACCAAAAGAAAAUAAUUUGGUCUGUGCAUUUGUGCCUGGACUGUGAGGAGUUUUUCAAAAUCAUCCAUCAUGUAAAAAUCUGUAAAAAUGUAACAACAAUCCAAAAAUAUUAAAGAACACUGAGACAA